CUCCCGACUAGAGCAGUUUUAUUUGUUUACAUUGAUUUUGGUGUCUCAUUACUGAAAAAAUAGUCAAAAAUGCCUUCAGAAUUAUUUGCUGGAAUAUUGUAGGCCAUGCCAGUAAGUCCCCAAUGCGCAGGAGCUUACAAUAUCAACUUGAUUGCUUGCUGGCUGCUGCUACUCCUUUAUCCCGCGAAAACAUAUUCGGUAGGCUUGAACAACUGUUCCUUCAUAGACGGUAAAAUAAUGGAGUUCGUCUGUCAUGGAUCGUAUGAACGAUACUUGCGGCUGCUUUAUAAGGAUCGACAUCCCGCCUUACACACGCCCUACUCCAUCUGGCAGCGGGCUGAUCAUUUUGGAUCGUCAAUGCUGCUCAUCGUUUUCUACGAGGGUCCAUUGACUAACUGUUACAAUAUUGUGCUAAAUGAAGGCAAGAUCUACUGUAAUGGUCGGAACUAUCCUAUGGAGAUUGACAGUUCCAUCCUAAUGUUUUGUAUGCCCUUUCAAUUUUCCUACGCCGACGAACUGCACAAACAGUGCAAAAAAGGUAAAAAGAAGAAGCAUUAUUCAACAACCAUUUCUUCAGUCAUCAUCUACAUGGAGUCAAAUUUAGUAGUUGCUUCAAGAUCUUCCAAGUCUCUGUAUUGUUCGAAUCUUCUCGUUAUAAUUGUUUUGCUUUUACGAUUUAAAAUUAAAAUAAAAUGAAUAAAUUCAGUUGGUAAAGAAUAAAAACAAAAAGAUCCUGCGCGUUCAUGGUAUCAUGAUUCAUGGUUCAUGAUUCAUGGUUAAAUGUAUUUAGCGCGAUCUUGUAUUUGGGAUGAGAUUCGGGGAAAUAAGUGUACUACCUAUCAGAUUUUGGUUCUUUAUAUCUAAAUUUACGUUCAUCAGCAUGGUCAACGAAUAUUUUAAUAUUUUCUUUUCACUUCUUGAACUCAGUAUGCACAAGUUAGAUUGCGCUAGUCGGGAGUGGCCGACCAUGAUAUACCCUGAAUCCUGUGUCAGGCUAUCUAUACGUACAAAUAUACUCUCCAUACAUUCAGAUUCAAAAGCAUAUGAUAAAGUAUAUAUAAGAGGCAGAAGGCAGAUUCUAUGACCCUGUAAAUCAUUAUACAGUCUUGCUGAACAACAAUAAUCCAGUCGAUAGAGAUAAAAAUAUCGAUUGGAUUGAAUAAAAAAUAAUUGCAGGUUUGAUUGCUUAUAUAGCAGGUUGGAACGGCGUAUGGGAUAGGGUGGUGUGUAUUCGAAUUCACCAAACAAAAUUACCUAAAUGAUAAUUGAAAAAUUAUUUAUAGCGAAAAGAUAUCUCAUUGUCGAGGACUCUUGUUUUCAAUUCUCUUAUUUCGAGUAAUGACUGAAAUGUUUGUCUGGCGUUAAAGCAUGAGGCUGACGAAGGCGCUAGCCUUUUAUUUGCAAUAAUUAAAGUUUUCUAUUAAAUGAGCGUGUUUAUUGUCUACGAUUCCUUUGUUUUGGUAGAAGGUUCAGGGAAUUUUCUGGCCUCACACUCCCUCCUCUAUAUCACUGUCACUCAUAUAAACUGUUGAACACAUAGAAAGGAGAUGAAGAGCAUCCCAAGGUAUAAAAGAGUUUCAGCGUAACCCUUUUCCAUUUUCACAUUCAUACAAAAACUAUAAGAAACACCAAUGCACUUCCACUUUUUCUGGAUAAUCUAGUAGCUGAUCUACUCUAUUGAAUUCUUGCAGAGAGACGCUAUUAAAUGAUUUGUUUCACAAUAAAUUUAUAUUUGAGCAGAACAUUUUUCAACACACUCAUUUGAGUAAAUUUUGAAGCACGCGUUGAUAAAUUUGAAGAGGUCGACGAUUUCCCAUAAUUUGAAGAGCUCCAUAGAUGGCAUAGCGGCGAAAAUCGAAUGUAGCCUUUAUAUCUGCUUCAUGUAUUCCCCGAUCGCACUUUUUAACAAUAUAGAGCAAAACAAACAUGGAGCAAA